AUGCAAGCAGCCUCAGGAGAAGACUCCGGCACCAAGAAGCGGUCCUACACUGAGCGAAAGACUGUCGGGCAGAAGCCCACGCCAAAUGCCACGAUCCGUUCCCAGAACGGGUCUUUUGGAAACUUAAUGCCAUUCGGAGAGAGUGAUGGAUUACAACUGAUAUCCUCUCUCGUGAUAGAUAAGAUCUCCGUCUUCGACUCGACUCGCCUUUGCAUCCAAAACAAACCCAAGGCCCUUGGAUAUGUUCAAGAAACCCCUGGGAGAUCUCAAAACAUCUGCUGCGUGGCAGCACCGCUCCGCUCGAGCGACCGACGCAAGCUCAAGCAGCGCAUCGCGGACACGUUCGGAUUGUCGCCUGAGGACGCACAACUCCUCGUCCCCGAGGGGCUGAAGAGCGUCAAGUUCGAGAAUCAUCAGGGAAAGCCGGGGGUAGCCUACCUCUCGCACGACGGCGACCCGCUCUGGUUCACAUUGGGCAAGGGGUCUGACGACCUCAUCCCCACAGGCAAGUCUCGCGCAAAGGACGCCCUAUACUCUCUGUGGAAGAAAUACGACCUCCUGCCAACACUCACGACGCCACAGGCCGUCAUGCCGCGCAUUCAGGACGGCGCGGACCUAAUGAUCCCAGGCGUGGUCUCCUGGCCGUCCCCGCUCUCGCCUAACCAGCUGGUGUCCAUCUCAAAAUAUGUCGGCGAUAAGGGCAAGCGCGCACCGCCGUUUGCGGUGGGGAGGGUCGAGGAAGGUGUGGAUGAGAAGAAACUGGGGGAGGAGGGCGCGAAGGGGAAGGCGGUGGGCGUGCUGCAUGCGUGGAAGGAUGGCUUGUGGAGUGUCGGGCAUGGCGGGGAGAUGCCGCCGGACGUGGAAGUAGUGGACGGGCAGGGUGGUGAGGGAGGGGAGAAGGCAAGCGAAGCCAACCCUCCCCCGGCUAGCGCGACGCAUUCCCCCGAAUCUCCUACCCAGGCUACCCACGACCCAACCAAUACCGAACCCAAUCCCACCGAGCCCGCGUGCACCCUCACCCCAGACGAAAUCACACAGAGCCUGCGCACAGCCCUCCUCCUCUCGCUCACCUCCCCGCCCCCGCCCGGCGCUUUCCCCAUGCCCGCAAGUACCUUCUACACCUCGCACGUCCUGCCCUACCGCCCCGCCCACCUCGCCUCCUCCCCCACGCCAGUCGACGUCAAACACUCCUCCCUGAAGUCCCUCUCCGCCUUCCUCAAAAGCUGCGAAAAGGCCGGCUUGGUCACGCUGAAGAACCAGAAGGGUGAUAUCGUAGUUACUAGCGUGAACAGCCGGCACGAAGAGGUACUGGGCGUGGGGAAGUACAAGACGGUGAAGGACGUGGAGGAGUGGGAGAGGAAGAAGCGGGAGCGGGAGGCCGAGGCGGAGCGGGGGAGGGCGGAGAAGGAGGUCGAGGUGCGCGAGUAUUACAAGCCGUUCGGGCAGACGCUGGCGUGGUUCGCGGCGGCGGGGCAGCAGCCCGGCACGCUCUUCCUCCUCCCGGAUCUGCGCGCGCUCCUCAACGCGUACAUCGCGUCGCACAACCUCGUCAACCCGCACGAGCAGCAGUUCGUCAACGUCUCGGCCGACCCGCUGCUCCUCGCCGCGGUCACCGGCCCGCUCCCCGGAAAACCCAAAGGGCAGGCGGAGGUGGUGGAGUUUCUGAAGCGUGAGGAGAUAAUGAAACGCUUGGUGGAAAGAAUGCAGGCGUGGUACGAGAUUCGGGUGGACGGGAGGGAGGGGGAGGUAAAGAAAGGCGCCCUCCCGCCCAUCACGCUCACCCUCAAGUCCCGCCAGAACAAGCGCAAGACGGUGACGAUCGUGACGGGCCUCGAACCGUUCGCGGCGGUGGUAGGCUCGCCGGAGGAGGUCGCGGAGGGGGUGCGGCGGUCGGGGUUCGGGGCGAGCGUGAGCGCGAUACCGAAUAAGCCGAAUACGUACGAGAUCCUGGUACAGGGGAAGCAGCAGAAAGUGGUGAUGGACCUGUUGCUCGCGAAGGGGGUGCCGAAGCGGUGGAUCGAGGUGGUGAAUUUGACGAAGUAAGUUCGCGGCCCUAAGGACGCGUUCAUGAUCGUGUGCAGGGUCCCUGGCAGCGGGUUUGGCGCUUGCGUAGACUCUCGGAAAAAAUACGCAGGUUCCUGGAGUUGCUGAACGGGUUAAUGAAGAAGAAUUGCGUAUUGUAUGCUAGCUUGAAAUUGGAUGCGAGGAAAUUGACGUUGUGAUCGUUCCUCAGACA